AUGGCAGCUCUCUUCGCGACUCUCCUCGGCGCUACCGCCGUUUCCGCACAAUAUGUGCCUGUGCCCUGGUCCUACACACAACCUGAGCCUCCCGUCAAGAUUGUCGUCAAUGGCGCAGUUCGUCAUCAGACCAUGAUGGGCGGCGGCUGCUCAGGUGCAUUCGGCGUUGCAUGCGACCAGACCGGCUCGCAAGGACUCUCGCCCGCAAAUCAGCAACUCGUGUCCGAUUACCUGUUCAACGAGAACAUCGGCGGGCUGUCUAUCUUGCGAAAUCGCGUGGGAUCGAGCCCAACGGAAGGCAUCCUAGGAAGUUGUCCAACUGGACCGGGACAGAAAUUCAAUUACACCUCGCUCGGCGCGAACGAAAGCACUGCGGACAGCUGCCAGCUCAAACUCACGCGUCAGGCUAAGAUUGCGAACCCCAAUCUGUUUAUUUACGCCGACGCAUGGUCUGCGCCGGGUUGCUUCAAGAUAGACGCAACGGACAUCAAUGGCGGCUUGAUUUGCGGUGUGCGAGGCAGCAACUGCACGCAGGACUGGAGGCAGGGAUAUGCGGACUACCUGGUCCAGUACGUCAAGUUCUACGCGGACAAGGGGAUCAAGGUAGAUAUGCUCGGCGCAUACAAUGAGCCUGACUUCAACCCCGUCUCGUACGCUAGCAUGGAGAGUGACGGAUACCAAGCUGCCGAUUUCCUCAAGGUUCUGUACCCUACCGUAAAAAAAUACCGCAAGGACCUGCUCGUGUCUUGCUGCGAUGCAACUGGAGCAAGACAAGAGCGCGACAUUCUCUAUGAACUCGACUCCGCUGGUGCAGGACAUAUGUACGACGUCGCGACAUGGCAUAACUACCAAUCCGAGCCGAAAGAAAAAUUCAACACGCUCGGCCAGCCAAACAUGCAGACUGAGUGGUCCGAUGGCAGCGGAACAUUCAACACAAUAUGGGACGUGACAGGACAGUCUGCUGAGGGCACCGGCACAAUCACUGGCUCCGACGCCGUUCUCGUCCGCCUGUUCAACGAUGGGAUCUCUGUAUCCCGACGCCUUUAUGCCUUCGCUGGCUUCUUCCGCUUUGCGCGCCCCGGAUCCGUGCGUCUCGAUGCGAAAUCCUCCGCUGAGAACCUCUACGUAUCUGCGUAUGAAAACAAGAAUGGCACAGUUGCUGUUGUUGGAAUGAAUGCGGCGCAUUUCGAAAGAACCGUGGAAGUAACGGUUGAGGGAUGCGGAGCUUCGAAUAGAACCGUCAAGGCGUAUCUGGCUGAUAAUACCCACAACAAUACGAUGGUGGCAAGUUAUCGGGUUCAGGCAGGUGGGUUCGAAGCGUCAAUGCCGGCGAGGAGUAUGGUGACUUUCUUCUUAGAUUAG